AUGGCGGAACCCGACGACACAGAAUGUCUAUCAACGAAGGCUCUGCAGCAGAUACACAGUCUCAUGGGUAAAGACGCUUCCUACCUCGAGCACCUACCUAUAGACAAGAUCCGGGAAGCAGAAUUUGAAGACAAAAAGCACAAGCGCCUCACUUCACUGCCCAGACGCAUUCUCUUCGGCCAGAUCACAGAAGGCGAGAAAAAGGGUUUAGAAGUCUGGAUCCUUCCGAUCAAGACACGCGACGAGAACCAGUGGCCUGGACACCGCUUCAACGUCUUCGAUCGGCAUGGAAACCUGCACUCUAGCAUCACGAUAGAGGAGGCCAUACGGUUGACCAAUGCGGCAAAUGCAUUCAAGUGGCUGAAGAAAAAUGGCACAAUGGAUUUGACUCAUCUGCGAGCUGUGAUCAGGUACUACUUCAUGGUCAAGAAAGUCAACCCCCCGUCACCGUGGCCGGUUGACAUGCGCUUUACCGCAGAAUUACUCGCAGCAUGCGAGGUGGCAGCCGAAUUUACUACCAAAGAAGCCCGUGUCAAACAGAAGACUCAGGAGCGCGAAGCAGGUGCUGAGCCGGCAUACAAGAUGAGACCAUCACUUGCUCCACAGAAAGCUCCGGGGAAGUUAAGACUCAAAGAUGGGCUAAGGGCAGAGACUACAGCGACACCAGUGAAUGGACAGAAAGCAAACACGACAAAGACGCCCGCGAGUAUGCCAACCGGGCUAAAAGCCAACAUAACGCUACCCUCCUCUAAAGCCCAGAGGAUGACAGAGCGUCCACUCUCACCGCUUUUCUUGACAGAGCUGUUCCCUUCUUCAUCUCUCGAAGAUGAGGCCAGUCUCUUCAUUCCCGAGCGCCGGCGUCGUGCCGCUACAUCUGAAACCUUCCAGGCUCCAACUCCAGUUCCACCUACAGGUCCCGCAUCCACAGGUCAACCAAUGAUCGAGCCAAUUGAUGAGUUCAAACAAGCCUUUCAAAGAAAAAUGCUUCCUCAGCCUGCACCCAUGCUUCCGCCAACAUCGACGCCUACACCUACACCUAGCAUCUCGACUUCUAGCAUUCACACCAUGUCUAUGCAACAGGAUAUCAACAAACCCAGCACCAACAAACCAAAUACACCCGCGGUCCCAGCAGCAUUACCUCCAGCAACCCCGACUCCCAUCCCCCCCAACGCCACCACCAGAACCACCUUGGUCAACCCCAACAUUCCUCCUCCCCCUCCCCCUCCCCUCCCCCUCCCCAGCACCCCUCCACGAACCUCCACCUCAUCAUUCAUCCCUGCCUACCGCGAAACCCUAACCAAGCACUCGCAACUCACCAACCGCCUCCGCACGAACCAGUCCUCCCUGCACACCAAAGAAACCCAAAUCCACACCUUGCAAGCCCAAAUCCGCGAUCUCGAAGCUCAGGUCCAGGAGAUAAAGGCUGAGGAGAAAGAGUUGAAGGACGAGAUCAAGGGAGUGGAGAUGGAGAGGAAGAGGUUGCAUGAUAGUUUGACGCCUGAGAAGAGGGAGAUUUUGUUCUUUGGAAGGGAGAUUUGGGAGAGGGAGGGGAAGAGGGCUAGGCUUGAGGAGGAUGGGGGAGCGGAGAGCAAUGAGGACAUGGAUUUGGGUGAGUAA